AUGUCGGCGCCGGUGUACAUUACGGGAGUGGUCUCUCCGUCGACAUCCGAGUUCUACAACGACGGCCCCUCCGCCACUCCCGGGGGCAUGACGCUAAACUUCUCGUGGCACUACCAGGAUACCCUGCCGCAUGGCGGCUUCAACCCCAAUGCCGUCUCCUACUCCGCGACGUACGAGCAAGCGCCCCAGCGCGAACCAGGACCCAGUGCGGACGACGCCCUGUUCACUGGCCGUAGGGACCCGCUCGAUUUCAACGGUGCCGAGUUUGGCCGUUUUCCCCGUAGAGUAGGUGGAGCUAUGGGUCUCGGCCGCCAGAUUCAUGCCGUGCUAGGGUUGUUGCUUGCCCUGCUGCUCCUCCGGUUGGAGCAUGGCCUGGGAAGUGGCACCGCCGCCUGCAUCAAUAAAAGGGUGGUGCCAAGAUCUGAUCUCUCUGGCUACAAAGAGGAAGAGCUCCUCACCGGCCAUGGUGGCGAGUGGGAGCACUGCCCUAGAGUAGGAAGCUGCGUCAAGUGGAGAAGCUCGCAGUUGGUGUACUCCCUGGCCUGCCGUGGCGGCGAGGAGGAAGUUGGCGAUGCGGUGGUUUCUCUCAGUCAGCUGCCUCGCGUCUGCCUGCGAGAGCCCUGCGCCGCCAGCCGUCGAGUGGAGGGCCUCGAGGCACUGAUCGGCGACAAGGACGCUCCCAUGGCUCAAUCCCGUUCGCCGUUGCCGUUCCCCGCCGCCGAGAUGAAGAAGAAGCAGAAGCAGGAGGACGAGCAGGCCGUGGCGAGCCUCCCCGAGGGGCCCCUCGUCGAGAUCCUGUCGCGGGUUCCCUACAGGUCGCUCUGCCGCUUCAAGUGCGUGUCCAAGCCGUGGCUUGCCCUCUGCUCCGACCCCGACAUCCGCAAGAGGUCGCCGCAGACCCUGUCCGGCUUCUUCUACUACACGGGGCGCUUCUGCAAUUUGUCCGGGAGAGGCCCGCCUAUGGUCGACCCCUCUCUCCCUUUCUUGCGCAAGAGCUAUGAACUUGUCCACCCCGGACAUUGCUGCGGUGGCCUUAUCCUCUGUAGAUGCUGGAAAUCAUCACGUGAUUCCGACGAGGGGUAUAAUCUUGUUGUGUGUAAUCCUGCGACUGAGAACUGGAUUCAGCUGCCUCCUUGUCCUAUAGAAUCGCCAUACGAAGUAGAACAAUAUUUGGGUUUCGACCCAGCUGCCCCUUCCCAUUUUGUGGUACUCGUGGUGCACCUUGUGGAAUUCGGGAAAGUGGCCAUCUACUCAUCAGGACGAUGGACUACGGUGCAGAGUGGUUGGAUUAACGAAUUUUUUCCUGUUGGUCCUUCAAAUAGUGUCUUCCUGAAUGGCACUAUGCAUUUGAUGACCCAUGAACUAUCCAUAUUCACAGUGGACACACAGGGGAAGGUUUGGAGGGAAAUUGAUAUUCCGGGCGACGUGCCACAGAGCUGUGCAGGUUAUUCCAUUGGACAGUCUCAGGGUCGCUUGCAUGCUUGGUUUAUAGAUGAUCGUAAUGUUUGCCAACUCUCUGUUUGGGCUCUUGAGGAUUAUGGCAGUGCAAAGUGGACCUUGAAGCAUACCGUUAACAUUUUGGAGCUGUUUGGAAGUCAUUGUCGGAAAGAUGACGAGUCCUAUGAGAUGUUUGCAAUUCAUCCAGAUCUUAAUUUGAUUUUCCUUACUGAUGGGAAGAAGACUAUCUCAUAUGAUAUGGAUAACCAGGAAGUGCAUGUUAUCUGCACUUCUAUACAAUUAUGGAAUGUUCAACCUUAUAUUCCCUAUUUUGCGGAAUGGCUGUCAGAUGGUCACUGA